CUCGCGAGAUUUCAGUUUCGCGAGAGCUUGGGACGAGAUCUGAAAUCCAAGAUGGCAGCUUCCUAGUAAACAAAAACGAACCGGCAAGAAAAAACAACAAAGCACUGUUUUGGUGGCGUUUAGGGGCGUGGGGCGUCUUCGGUGAGGGUCUAUGGAGGAGUCAGGGCUGAGCUAUCCUGAGGUGUUCAGCACCAAGUCAGACAGUUACGGGAUCCAGCUCUACGGCUACGAUGAGAUCCCUCGUUUUUUGAAGGGGAACCCGUAUGUGGUGGGCGGCUACAGGGCAUACCUGCCAACUGCGCUAUGUUUGAAAAGUCUGUGUGUGCUGUCCAAUGAGACUGUGAACAUCUGGAGCCACCUGCUGGGGUUUGUUCUGUUCUUCCUGCUGGGCGUCUACGACAACCUGGUGACUAUCCCUGCCCUGCAUGGCACUUACAACGACCACCUCAUCUAUACCGUGUUCCUGACGUGCUUCCAGUUCUGUAUGCUGUGUUCUGCUGGCUACCAUCUACUCUGCUGCCAUGUGUCGGAAAGAGUCGGUCGCCGCUGGCUGUCCCUGGACCUGGCUGGCAUCUCAGUUGGAGUCAUGGGCUGUUACUUCCCUGGGGUGUACUAUGCUUACUACUGUAACCUGUUCUGGCGAGACCUGUACCUGUUGUUGGUGACCGUGUUAGUAGCCGUGACUCUGAUGAUGCAGCUCCACCCUCACUUCCUUACGGCAGCCUGGUCUGGCCGCAGACUGGCGCUGUUCUCGGCGCUCGUGGCCUACGGAGUCUGUCCAGCCGUGCACUGGAUAUUCAUCAGUGGGGGGUGGAACCAACCCAUGGUACAGGUGUUCUUCCCCAAAGUAGUGAUAAUGUACUUCCUAGGGGUGCUUGCUCUGGUGUUUUAUGGUACUAAGGUUCCUGAGCGCUGCUUGCCAGGAAAAGUGGACUAUGUGGGACACAGCCACCAAUGGUGGCACCUGAUUGUGGUGGUGGCUUUCUACUGGUGGCACCAGUCAGGCUUGGGCCUCAUGCAGUACAGACUACAGCACCCUUGCCAUGGUCUGGAAACUAGGCUAUAGCCUGAUCUGUAACUAUACAGGGAAAACUCCUAUAACUGUACAUGGAGACUAAAGAAGAGGCAUAUACUAUCAUUCCAAGGUCUGUCAUUGAGAGCCUGGGUUUGAGGUUACAGUACAGAUGCACUUAAUUACCGGUAGCUGCAAUGGACCUAUACCAUUAUUACGUCACAGUUUGUUUACUGCAAUGAAUUGCGGUCAAUCGAUGUUUAUAUUGUA